AUGGCUGGUCACUCUGAGCUCGCAGACAUCCACAGCCCGAAGGACACCGAUGGCAUGAUGACUCCGCCGAGGAAGAUCCGGCAAUUGUCGUCGCCUCCGAAGAUCAGCCAAUCGCGCCCUGUGUACGCUGUGCGCGCUGCCCCACUAUUUCCUUCACUGGACGACUGGAGUGACGAAGAGCCCGAAGAUGCCGAACCUGUGAAGCCGUGGUCGCAGUCUGCAUAA